AACAACGAAAACAGUUUUUUAAUUUAUUCAUGAUAAAAUAGAAUAUUAUAUGAAUGUAAAUCAAGUACAAUAGAACAUAUAUUUAAAAGCUAGAAAAGAAAAAGUACGUGUUUCUUAUUUUGCAACAAUGAAUAUAAAUCAACUUGUUUCUAACAAUCAAUCUAUAAAAAUUGUUCCGUCAGUCGAAGAAUCUUUAAGGACUAUUGGACUUGAUGUGAACAUUGACAAGGCUACGGAGACAUGGUUUGAAGAGUUACUGUUCAAGUGGAAAACAUGGAAGAAGAGUGCUAUUGUUGACAACCACUUCUAUUCUUUCCUCGAAUCAAACCCUGACCCAUUUAGAGUGGCACUAGUGUGUAUAGUAAAAUGCCCAGAAUUUAAAGAUUGCAAGGUAAAAAGUCUUCCGUACUAUAUAUUGGAGAGUAUUUACAGCUGGUCACAGAGGCAAAAUAACAGAAUAUCUCCACCAGAAAAUUUAAAAUUACCAGCUUUUCAUGUUGGAAUAAAUCAAAGGAAUCAGAACUUUUUAACACUUGUUAUCAAAACCUAUCAUGUUUGUACAAUAAAAGAAAAAAUAAUUCCCAUAGCACAGGAAAUGAUAAAAAAUGAUAACUCUAAACAAGCAUUACAAAUUGUUAUAGCUAUGCAAUUGUUUGAAGAGAUAUCUGUUGAAGAGUUGUUGUUUCCCUUUAUAUUGCAAGACAGACCCAAUAUGAUUGAUGAAUAUUUAGCACAAUGUCCUAACCAGGCGCAACCACUUAUAACAUUCUUGGACAAUUUACUCGAUAAAAAUUUUAGUGUUUUAAAUUAUUCUCAAGAAUUUGCUUACAAGUACAAUAUUAGCAAUGUUAAUUACACAAAAGUCCAUUACAAGCCUUUGGGGAAACUAGUAGCACGGCUUUGCAACAAAUUUAACAUUCCAAUUGAGACAUGUAAAAAUCUUAGUAAGAAUCGAACAACAAGCGGCUUGAAAUAUUUAAUCCACCAGAAGUAUAUUGAGCGCAAUGUAAGUUUAUCUGUAUGGGAUGACUUGGUAAAAGAUUCUUUAAAGAACAGCAUAGAGUGUGCUCAAGAGUUUAUUGAUAUUCUAACUGGUUAUGAUGUGAAGGAGGCACUAAAGUGGGCCACACAUUUUAAUAUACCGGAAGACAAAUUGCCACUGACUUUGAAGAAUUUGUCGUUAGAGGAUGAUCAAGAAGAAGAGGAUUGGGAUGAUAUGAACAGUAAUGAGAAUCAAUUCUACAAAAUACCUAUUUCCGAGAAUAAUAUAGUCCUUAUAGAUAAAGAGCAAGACUUUGAAAAUGUUGUAUCACAUUUGGCUAAUUGCACUGUGAUAGGAAUGGAUUGCGAGUGGAAACCUUCAUUUGGUGCAGCUCAGUCUCAUGUAGCCUUAAUACAAAUUGCAACAUAUGACAAUGUCUAUCUCAUUGAUACAUUAAAACUGAACGACAAGAGGUAUUUGAAUGUUUGGUACAAAUUCAACAAAAGUAUCCUAGAGAAUGCUGAAAUUAUAAAAGUGGGUUUUGGAUUGGAACAAGAUCUGAGAGAAAUGAAAUGUUCAAUAAUGGGUUUAAGUAACAUUAGGAUUAAGGGUGAAGGGAUACUUGACUUAGGUCUACUAUGGAAAGCUCUCAUACACUGUGGCUUGACACUAGCAGCAGGCAGUGAUACUGAAGGAAAUGGCCUAUCAUCUUUGGUGCAGUCUUGUUUUGGCCUACCUUUAGAAAAAUCUGAGCAGUGUUCAAAUUGGGAGCUAAGACCAUUAAGAAAGACUCAAAUUAACUAUGCAGCAAUAGAUGCUUAUGUACUUGUAGCAAUUUAUAAAUAUUUAAAUGACAUCAGUAUUGAACAAAGACUUAAUUUCGAUGAAGUGUGCAAUGAUGUUAUGUUAGAUAAGAAACCCAAAAGUACAAAAAAAACAAAAGUAGCGGAUAGAUUACUUUCUAGUAAAUUUAAUUUUAAGGCCAGUGAUGCUAAAAAUAUUAAAUUUCUAAUUGAGCCUGAGCUAGCCACAUUGGUAUCUUAUCUAAGAUAUUUGGGGAUGGAUGUUAUAGUAACAUCUCAAUCAAUGCUAUGGCAUGAUGCUGUUAAAUUAGCUCUGUCAGAGGACCGUUUCAUUUUGACAUCUAAAAUGAAAUUUUCUCCUACUUUAAAAUAUCCCCAGACACAAAUAUAUGAGGUGGGAAAAGUAGUUAAUAAUGUAAGCAGCAUCUCUGAGCAAAUAACGAAUAUAUUGAAAAGUUUUAAUAUUAUAGUUCAACAAAGUGACCUUCUCACCAGAUGUAUUAAAUGUAAUGGCUUAGAAUUAAAACAAUUAUCGACGAAUGAAAUAAAUAAAAUAAGUAGUACAGUAUCGAAACCAAAUACGAGUGUUAGUGACGAUAGAUACGGCAGUGAUAAUGAAGACGAUGCAUAUUAUGACAACUUUCUGAGUGACUCAGAAGAUGAUUCAGGUUUGUAUCAAGCAGCCACUGUGACAAGUGAAAAAUGUCUCACAAGUAAAGGUGUAGAAAUAGAAACAGGAGAUAUUCACAAAAUUGUUGAAGCUAACAAACCAGCAACCUUGUGUGAAAGUUGUGGCAAAGUGUACUGGGAUGAAGACUCAUCACUAAAGUUAGAAUCAGAGGUUUCUUCGCUGUUACCAAUAAUUGGUAAUAAGAAUUAUUAGAUGUAUUCAUUAAUGUACAAAUAAACAAAUAACAAUUCAGAAA